CACACCUUAAGAUUUCUUUUGGAAGACUGUCGCCAUCAUGUCCAAGAUCACAGUCGCCGGAGUGCGCGAGAAUGUCCAGGCCGUCCUCGACUACUCGCUCAACGAGAAGAAGCCGUUUCUCUGGUACCAUCAAGCUGCCCUCCAUCCCCGUCCCAACAUGAGCAUCUGUAUCAUUGGUGACCAGCACGAUCUCGACCGUGCUAAGCACCACGGUCUCGAUGCCAUGUCCACCGACGACUUGAAGAAGCUCAACAAGAACAAGAAGCUCAUCAAGAAGCUUGCUCGCAAGUACGAUGCCUUCCUUGCUUCCGAGGCUCUCAUCAAGCAGAUUCCCCGUCUCCUGGGUCCCGGUCUGUCCAAGGCCGGUAAGUUCCCUACCCCCGUCUCCCACGCCGAAGACAUGCAGAACAAGGUCAACGACGUCAAGUCCACCAUCAAGUUCCAGCUUAAGAAGGUUCUCUGCCUCGGUGUUGCCGUUGGUAACGUCGGUAUGGGCACUGAGGAGCUCGUCGGUAACCUGAUGCUGUCCAUCAACUACCUCGUCUCCCUGCUCAAGAAGGGCUGGCAGAACGUUGGAAGUCUUGUCAUCAAGGCUUCCAUGUCUCCCCCUAAGCGCAUCUACUAG